AUGAACGCCCUUGGAGAGGUCUCGCUGGACGUCCGCGUGCUCCUCAUAUCUGUGUUUCUCAGAAGAGGCAGUUUUGGUCUCACCAACCAGGUGCUUACGCUUUUUCUCAAGGCUGUUGGCGUCUCAAAGGCUCAUAUUGGCCUUUUCAUGACACUCACGCUUCUAGGAGACACGGGAAUCUCGUACCUUCUAACGUGGUACUCAGACCAGCUUGGAAGACGGCUUGUGAUGGUCGCUGGAGCGAUUUUGAUGCUUGCUUCCGGGCUAGUAUUUGCAUGGUUUCUGAACUUUUGGGUUCUUUUGGUAGCAGCAAUUUUGGGUGUCAUUCUGACAUCUGGCGAUGAAACAGGACCUUUCAAAACGGUAGAGGAGGUUUGUAUUUCCCAUCUUACGCCGCCUAAACACAGAGCGUCCAUCUUCGCUUUAUACGGAUUUUUGGGCCGUCUAGGUGCUGCUUCAGGCGCUCUUUUGUGUGGAUUUCUCGUUGACUACUGGAACUACGCCCUCGAAUGGGACUUGGAAAAAUGCUACAGAGCUAUUUUUAUUGGCUACUCCGCUGUGGCCCUUGCCAAGCUAGUUUUGGCGGUUUGUCUCAGUAAAAACUGUGAACUUCAUGAGUACCUAGGUGACGACACAGGCGCCGAAGUGACGGAUCUGGAGACUGAGCAGCUUCUUGAAAAUGGCGCUGAAAACGCCACCGGCAGCGGCUUCAGCCCUCAAACAAAACGCAUACUUCCUCGGCUUCUUGUGGUGUUCAUGCUCGAUUCCUUGGGAUACGGUUUCAUGCCUCCAGCGUGGAUUGUCUUCUACUUCAAGAAAACCUUUCAUCCAGCGGCCCUGGCUUUGGGAACCUUGUUUUUCUUCACCAACAUGAUUGACUCCUUGUCGUCUAUAGCACUGGCGGUAACGUUCCAUUGGCUAGGUCCCGUUAAAGCAAUUUUAGCGGCCCAACUCCCCUCGGCGGUGUUUUUCUUCAGCAUCACGUUUUGCAAAACAUACCUUUUGGCAGCCGUUUUCUACUUUUUGUUCUGUGCCACAGGAACAAUGGACGUUGUGCCCCGGCAGGUGCUUUUGACAGCUAUUAUUCCUAAAGCAGACCUUCUCAGGGUGAUGGGAACGGUGAAUAUUGCCAAAACGUUUGCCAAUUGUAUUGGGCCAUUCUUCACAGGCCAUUUGGCAGAGCACGGGUUGCUUAGUCUUGGUUUUGUUAUAAAUGGUGUUUGUCUUGUGGUAGCUGAUACUAUCUUAGGUAUAAGCUUUGCCCAUCUUGAUGGCGAUGUCUUAGCGAAGCAUACAUAA